UCUAAACGUCAAACUGCGCAAACAAUCGGUUUGCUGGCAGUACUCGCUGAAAUUCCAUCCCACGUGAGGUCUCCGGUUCAUGAGCCACCGUCCAUCUCCCGGAACAGCCGCUGCCACGGUUCCCAACCUCGCUGGUCACCUGCGGCGUUCAUCAAAACCACAAUUUCGAGCUUUGUCGAUUUUGAUUUUCAGUCUGAUAUCAAUAGUUUAGCAAACUCCGAUCCCCAUAAGAAAAGUAAAUUUAAUUGAAACCCUAGCUCCAUCGAGCAGUUUUGAAGAGAUUGGGAGCGCUGGGGGCAGAUCAGUCUCGUCAGGGCCCGUUUGCGGCGAACCUGGGUUUAUGGUUCUUCCCCUUCAUUCGUAACCCUAAUGCUCGCCGAACCGGAUACCUAGGCCAGCUGCCUCCCAUGGAUUUCGUCAGUCGCCACGCAACGUCCGACGCCGACCAGAAUCAUGCCUCUACAUCGACUGUGGAGCCGACGAAUUCUGUGGCUCCAAAUUCCUCUAACCGUUCUGCUUCCGCUGCUGCCGGCCCUGCAGUUCCUGAGGAGCCAGAAUACCUGUCUCGCUACAUGGUUGUCAAACACUCGUGGCGUGGUCGGUAUAAGCGUAUUCUUUGCAUCUCGGAGUCUGCGAUCAUUACGCUAGACCCUUCGACGCUUGCGGUAACGAAUUCGUUUGACGUGUCCAACGACUUUGAGGGGGCUGCUCCUGUGCUGGGCAGGGGCGACGAUGGCGACGGCGGCGCGCAAGUGUUCACUGUGAGUGUGAGGACGGACGGACGCGGAAAAUUCAAGGCGAUCAAGUUAUCUUCGAGGUAUAGGGCGAGAAUCCUUACGGAGAUGCACUUGCUCAGGUCGGGCAAACUCGGGCAAAUCACUGAAUUCCAGGUGCUUCAUCUGCGGCGGAGGACCUCGCAUUGGGUUCCAUAUAAACUGAAAGUUACAGCUGUGGGAGUUGAACUAGUAGAAACACAGUCUGGAGUUAUAAGGUGGUGCUUGGACUUCAGAGACAUGGAUACACCUGCUAUUGUAGUUUUGACAGAUAAAUAUGGAAAGAGAAGUACUGAACCUGAAGGGUUUUUACUUUGCCCCUUAUAUGGAAGAAAGAGUAAAGCUUUUGCCGCUGCCUCUGGUAGCGCCAGCUCCACAAUUAUUUCAUAUAUUACUAAAGCUGCAAGAUCUUCGGUUGGUUUGUUAUUAUCCGUUGACACUUCUCAAUCACUGACCAUACCAGAUUUUAUUAAACAAAGGGCCAAGCAAGCGGUUGGAGGAGAUCAAACCCCUCUUGGGGAAUGGUCUGUUACGAGAUUGCGGUCUGGUGCACAUGGUACAGCUAAUGUCAUGGGCUUAAGUAUUGGUGUUGGACCUAAGGGUGGACUUGGUCAACAAGGGGAUUCGGUGUCUCGACAACUUGUGCUUACAAAGACUUCAUUGAUUGAAAGGCGCCCUGAUAAUUAUGAGGCUGUUAUUAUUCGAUCACUUUCUACAGUUACUUCUCUUGUAAGGUUUGCUGAAGAACCACAGAUGUUUGCUGUGGAAUUUAGCGAUGGUUGCCCUAUUCAUGUUUAUGCGAGCACAUCGCGUGAUAGUUUACUUGCAGCUAUACGUGAUGUUCUUCAGACUGAGGGACAAUACCCUGUUCCUUUGUUGCCAAGAUUGACCAUGCCUGGUCACCGAUUAGAUCCUCCUUGUGGAAGGGUAUAUUUGCAGACACAACUUCUUGUUUCACAGCGCCCUGUUGCUGAUAUAGAAAGUGCUGCUAUGCAUUUAAAGCACCUUGCUGCUGCUGCCAAGGAUGCUGUAGCUGAAGGAGGUUCAGUUCCUGGCUCGAGAGCAAAGUUGUGGCGUCGAAUAAGGGAAUUCAAUGCAUGCAUAGCCUACAGUGGUAUUCCUCACAGUGUUGAGGUGCCUGAGGUAGUUCUUAUGGCUUUGAUCACAAUGCUUCCAGCAACUCCUAAUCUCCCUGCAGGGGCUCCACCCCCUCCACCUCCAUCGCCAAAAGCAGCUGCUACUGUGAUGGGCUUCAUCGCAUGCCUGCGUAGAUUACUUGCUUCAAGAAAUGCUGCAUCUCAUGUAAUGUCAUUUCCUGCUGCUGUAGGGAGAAUAAUGGGAUUACUCAGAAAUGGAUCUGAGGGGGUAGCAGCCGAGGCUGCAGGGCUUAUUUCUAUGCUUAUCGGUGGUGGUCCUGGUGAUCCUAGUUUAGUAAUGGACUCAAAGGGGGAACGACAUGCCACUUUAAUGCAUGCUAAAUCAGUGUUAUUUGCAAAUCAACAUUAUGUUAUCAUCCUUGUCAAUAGGUUGAAACCAACCUCUGUCUCACCUUUGCUUUCAAUGGCGGUUGUUGAAGUUCUUGAAGCCUUGCUUUGUGAACCUCAUGGUGAAACAACACAACAUACUACUUUUGUGGAGUUAUUGAGGCAAGUUGCUGCAUACUUAUUCUCACUGUUUGGGCGUCCUGCUGUAAGUGUUAGGGAAACGGUUGCUGUUAUCAUGCGUACGAUUGCAGAGGAAGAUGCUAUCGCUGCCGAGUCUAUGCGAGAUGCUGCUUUGAGAGACGGUGCUCUCCUUAGACACCUGCUUCAUGCGUUUUUCCAUCCAGCUGGUGAGAGACGUGAUGUUAGUAGACAACUUGUAGCUUUGUGGGCUGAUUCAUAUCAACCUGCUUUAGAUUUACUGUCAAGAGUUCUUCCUCCUGGGCUUGUUGCAUAUUUACAUACACGUUUUGAUGAAUCCUCUGAGGAUUUACAGAAUGAUGAUGCUCCUUUGACCAAGAAGAGGCAAAGGGGCAUACUGCAACAAAGAAAGGGUCGUUUUAUGAGGGGUGUAACUUAUCGUGAAAAUGAUUUAUUUCCUAGUAAUGGCGAAAAUGGAGAUUUGGUUAAACAGAUGGGGAUCGGCACCUUUGAGGGGACUCAGAAUUAUGAAAGACAUACCCAAGAGUCCAUUUCUAUUCAGUUUCCAACAUACACUUCAGUUCCUGGUGGUAACAUGGCAAGUGAAUAUUCUUAUGCUGCAACCCCACAAAAUGCUAAUAUGGCCACUGCUUCUGCUGACAAGUUCCUUCAAAAUACGCAGUUAUUAAAUCCAAAUCCACUUUUAACUGAUUCUGAGGCCAAUCGAGUUGACUCCUUAAAUUCUGAACUACCUGCUCCUGCUCAAGUUGUUGUUGAGAGCACUCCUGUAGGGUCUGGUAGGUUACUGUGUAACUGGUUUGAGUUUUGGAGGGCAUUUGGUUUAGAUCACAACCGUGCAGACUUAAUAUGGAAUGAACGCACCAGACAGGAACUAAGAGAAGCUUUACAACUUGAAGUUCACAAAUUAGAUGUUGAGAAGGAGCGAACUGAAGACAUUGUGCCGGGAACUGCUGUGACAAAAAGUGACGCAGAACUUGAAAGUUUACCUAACAUAUCAUGGAAUUAUGCUGAGUUUUCAGUUAGUUACGCCAGUUUGUCAAAAGAGGUCUGCGUGGGCCAAUAUUAUCUCAGGUUAUUACUUGAAAGCAACAGUUGUUGUCAGGCACAGGAUUUUCCUUUACGUGAUCCAGUUGCUUUUUUUAGAGCAUUGCAUCAUCGUUUCUUGUGUGAUGCAGACAUUGGGCUUACUGUGGAUGGUGCUAUUCCUGAUGAAUUAGGUUCCUCGGAUGACUGGUGUGAUAUGGGUAGAUUAGAUGGUUUUGGUGGAGGAGGUGGUUCCUCAGUCCGGGAACUAUGUGCAAGGGCAAUGGCUAUUGUUUAUGAGCAGCACCAUAAUGUCAUUGGCCCUUUUGAUGGUACAGCACAUAUUACAGUUUUGCUGGAUAGAACAGAUGAUCGUGUAUUGAGGCAUCGCCUACUUCUUUUAUUAAAGGCCUUAAUGAAAGUUCUUCCUAAUGUUGAAGCUUGUGUUUUAGUUGGAGGGUGUGUCUUAGCUGUUGAUCUUUUGACUGUUGCCCAUGAAGCAUCUGAAAGAACUUCCAUACCUCUGCAGUCUAAUUUGAUUGCAGCAACAGCUUUCAUGGAACCAUUAAAGGAAUGGAUGUACAUGAACAAGGAUGGUGCAGAAAUUGGACCUCUGGAGAAAGAUGCAAUUAGAAGGCUUUGGUCGAAGAAAGCCAUUGAUUGGACAACUCGAUUUUGGUCUUCUGGUAUGCUUGACUGGAAGAAAUUGCGCGACAUUCGUGAAUUACGUUGGGCACUAGCUCUCCGUGUUCCUGUUUUAACUCAUGUUCAGGUGGGGGAGAUUGCAUUAUCGAUAUUGCAUAGCAUGGUGUCUGCACAUUCUGAUCUAGAUGAUGCUGGAGAGAUAGUGACCCCAACACCCAGAGUUAAGCGUAUUCUAUCAAGUCCUCGAUGCCUUCCACAUGUUACGCAGGCUUUACUAACUGGAGAACCAAGCAUUGUUGAUGGCACUGCUUCUCUUCUAAAGGCUAUUGUAACUAGAAACCCAAAAGCAAUGGUUCAACUUUACAGUACUGGGGCAUUUUACUUCGCUCUUGCAUAUCCUGGAUCUAAUCUGCUUUCUAUUGCACAUCUCUUCUCUUUAACACAUGUACAUCAAGCAUUUCAUGGUGGUGAAGAGGCAGCUGUCUCUUCAUCCUUGCCUUUGGCAAAGAGAAGUGUACUAGGUGGACUUCUUCCUGAGUCGUUGUUGUAUGUUCUGGAGCGUAGCGGACCUGCUGCUUUUGCUGCAGCAAUGGUAUCUGAUUCUGAUACCCCGGAGAUUAUCUGGACGCAUAAGAUGAGGGCAGAACAUCUUAUUCGUCAGGUUUUGCAGCAUCUGGGAGAUUUUCCGCAAAAAUUAUCACAGCACUGCCAUUCACUGUAUGACUAUGCACCCAUGCCUCCAGUAACAUAUCCAGAGCUGAAGGAUGAGAUGUGGUGUCAUCGUUAUUACCUCCGGAAUUUAUGUGAUGAGAUAAGGUUUCCAAAUUGGCCUAUUGUUGAACAUGUAGAAUUUUUACAGUCAUUGUUGGCAAUGUGGCGUGAGGAAUUAACUCGUCGGCCUAUGGAUCUUUCUGAGGAAGAAGCAUGCAAGAUACUGGAGAUAUCUUUGGAUGACAUUACUGUUGCUGAUGAUGGCUGUAGUAAGCCAGCUAGAGAGAUGAAGGAAGACAACUAUAGCCCAAGCAAGCAGGUUGAAAACAUUGAUGAAGAAAAGCUUAAGCGUCAGUAUAAAAAAUUGGCUAUAAAAUAUCACCCCGACAAAAAUCCUGAGGGAAGAGAGAAAUUUGUUGCUGUGCAGAAGGCUUAUGAGCGGUUGCAGGCGACAAUGCAAGGACUUCAAGGUCCACAAGUUUGGAGGUUGCUGCUUUUGCUGAAAGGACAAUGUAUUUUAUAUAGACGUUAUGGUGAUGUCUUGGAACCUUUCAAAUAUGCUGGCUAUCCUAUGUUGCUUAAUGCGGUAACUGUGGAUGAAAGUGACAACAAUUUCCUUUCAUCUGAAAGAGCAUCUCUUCUAAUUGCCGCAUCUGAACUAAUUUGGCUAACGUGCGUUUCUUCUUCCUUGAAUGGUAAGGAACUUAUCAGGGAUGGUGGCAUAUCUUUGCUUGCAGCACUACUUUCUCGCUGUAUGGGUGUAGUACAGCCAACAACUCCUCCAAAUGAACCUGCAACAAUCAUUGUCACAAAUGUGAUGCGUACAUUUUCAGCAUUAAGUCAAUUUGACACUGCAAUAACAGAGAUGCUGAAGUUUGGCGGCUUGAUUGAGGAUAUUGUUCACUGUACUGAACUGGAACUUGUUCCAUUGGCUGUUGAUGCCGCCCUUCAGACUGCAGCACAUGUUUCCGUGUCUGCUAAAAUGCAGGAUGCUUUGCUUAAAGCUGGUGUAUUAUGGUAUCUAUUGCCUCUGUUACUGCAGUUUGAUUCUACAGCAGAGGAAAAUGAUUCGGGUGAAGCACAUGGUGUUGGGGCUAGUGUGCAGAAAGCUAAAAAUCUCCAUGCUGUCCGUGCCGUCCAGGCUCUUUCAAGGCUAUGUGGUUAUGGUGGUGAUGGGGUGCCAAUUCCAUAUAAUCAUUCAGCUGAUAAUGCACUCAGGGCAUUGCUAACUCCUAAACUUGCUAGCAUGCUAAAAGCUCAAGAGCCAAAGGACCUUCUAUCAAAUCUGAAUUCUAACCUGGAGUCUCCUGAGAUUAUUUGGAACUCUUUGACUCGGGCAGAACUUCUUAAAUUUGUAGAUGAUCAGCGUGCCAAUCAAGGCCCUGAUGGUUCCUAUGAUAUGACUGAAUCAUAUUCCUUUUCUUAUCAAGCACUUUCUAAAGAGCUACGUGUUGGUAACGUGUAUCUGAGGGUGUAUAAUAAUCAACCAGAUUAUGAGAUAAGUGAUGCAGAGACCUUCUGUGUCGCUCUUCUUGAAUUUGUAUCAGAUCUGGUGCAUAAAUUGAGUCAUUUGAACUCUUAUGUCCAAACUAGGGCUGAUCCUAAUAAUGCUCUUAAUGAGCCAUCAAAUGUUCAGGAUAGACAAAACAAUGUGGAAGCUUCUGAUGAUGGCUUUCUAUCCUCCAGAAUAGAAGAGAAAAACAAGGAAGAAGAUGAACCAGUGAAGAAUCUUAAAGUUGGAUUGAUUGCUCUUCAGAACCUGUUGACACGCAAUCCAAGCCUAGCUGCUAUUUUUUCAAUGAAGGAACGACUUGCACCUCUUUUUGAGUGUCUUACUGUUGGUUUUCCUGCUGGGAACAGUAUACCUCAAAUUUGUCUUGCUGUACUUUCGCUGUUAACGGCAUAUGCUCCUUGCUUGGAGGCUAUGGUUGCAGAGAGGGAAAGCCUUAUCCUUCUUUUGCAAUUGCUCCACAGCAGUCCUGCGUGUAGAGACGGAGCUCUGGCUGUACUUUAUUCUUUAGCAAGCACCCCGCAGCUGGCUUGGGCUGCAGCUAAACACGGUGGAGUGGUCUAUUUUCUGGAACUUAUUUUACCAUUACAAGAAGAAAUUCCUUUGUCACAGAGAGCGGCAGCGGCUUCACUGUUGGGCAAGCUGGUUGGACAGCCAAUGCAUGGACCUAGGGUGGCCAUAACUUUAGCAAGGUUUCUACCAGAUGGCUUGGUUUCGGUCAUUAGAGAUGGACCUGGUGAGUCUGUGAUUGCCGCACUCGAACAGACAACUGAAACUCCUGAACUUGUUUGGACACCUGCAAUGGCUGCUUCUCUUUCGGCACAGUUGUCAACAAUGGCAACUGAUCUUUACAGAGAACAAAUGAAAGGCAGUUCUGUUGACUGGGACAUAACCGAGCAAUCAUCCGGUCCACAUGUUAUGAAAGAUGAGCCACAGGUUGGAGGCAUUUACGUCAGACUAUUCUUGAAAGAUCCUAAGUUUCCCUUGAGAAAUCCUAAACGAUUUCUGGAAGGACUUUUGGAUCAAUAUGUUUCAUCAAUUGCUGCUACACAUUAUGAAACACAAGCUGUUGAUCCUGCGCUUCCUUUGCUUCUGUCUUCUGCAUUGGUGUCCCUGAUACGGGUUCAUCCCACCCUAGCAGAUCACGUUGGUUAUCUUGGUUAUGUUCCAAAACUUGUUACUGCUAUGGCCUAUGAAGGAAGGCGAGAAGCGAUGACAUCUGUGGAAGGGAAAACUGGAAGUGAAGAUGGAUCAUCAGAGGCUGGUGAAGAGACUGCACAAGGGCGUGUGCGUCGAAGUUGUUUGCUUGUGCUGCAUCAUCUGGCUAAUAGCACAACCUGUGCUGAAGCUAUGGCAGCGACAAGUGCAGGAACUCCCCAGGUCGUACCUUUACUCAUGAAGGCAAUAGGGUGGCAAGGCGGUAGUAUACUUGCAUUAGAGACUCUAAAACGUGUUGUUGUUGCUGGAAAUCGAGCAAGAGAUGCAUUAGUUGCUCAAGGGUUGAAGGUUGGCCUCGUUGAAGUGUUGCUUGGAGUUCUUGAUUGGAAAGCUGGAGGAAGAAAUGGUCUCUGCUCACAAAUGAAGUGGAGUGAGACUGAAGCUUCCAUUGGUCGCGUCCUAGCUGUCGAGGUUUUGCAUGCAUUUGCAACUGAUGGUGCUCACUGUGCCAAAGUUCGUGAAAUAUUGAAUGCUUCUGAUGUUUGGAGCGCCUAUAAAGACCAAAGACAUGAUCUGUUUCUUCCUUCCAACGCUCAGUCUGCUGCAGCAGGAGUUGCAGGGCUCAUUGAGAGUGCUUCCUUAAGGCUCCCUUAUGCCAUCACAGCUCCGCCACCCCAGCCCGUGCUUUCCAGGCUUCCUUCUACCGCUGCAGCCCCCACAAUCUUCAAUGAGAAUGAUUGCUGACCGACGAAUCCGAGAAAUACAGCACACUUUUCUGUUGGGUACAUAAUGUAUAGUUUCUUGAUUUUUAAUACUAAUGGUUGAGAGGGUUAAUUUUAUUUUAAUUGUAAAAGUUGAUUUUUGGCGGGCAUUUUUUUUUGUAUAGUUUGUUUAUAAAUUAUUUAUACUGCAUAAGCAAGUAUUUUUAGGGUGUAUAUCGAUCA